UGAUUUUUUUACAAAAAAAAAUGACAGAGGGCCCUGUAAAAUACAAAAUAUGUCAAUGUUUUGACUAAAUGCUGUGUGACUUGGCCUUGUAAUUACCCUGCAAAGGUACAAGAUUAUAUCAACACUGAUGCACUCAGUGUCCGUAUGACUGCUGACCAUUGGGAUAACCGCCGUUACGAAGUGCCCGUACAGCAGCCACAGACCCCCGUACUAGACCGGAUGUGUUAUUGUCGACUGCUUGGUAUGAAACUUUGUUGAGGAAGGCCGUGUAGUGGCUCUUAAGAGAUACAAGAUUUUAGCCGGUCUGAUGGGACUGUUGACUGCCGGACUCUUGAUCAUGGGAAUCAUCGCCGUUACCAUGUACCCGGAAAACGGAUUUGGACCACCAUAUUACCUCGGAUGCUUUAUUGUCGGAUGUUUGGGUCUGAUCCACACAAUGGUGUCUACCAGAAUCGUUUCGAAAGGCGGCGAUAUCGACAAUGAUGACAUCAAGAAAAGAGAAAUUCAAAGCACGAUGAAACGUCACUAUGUGCUGUCCAUACUCCUUUGUAUGGCCUGUUUCAUUGGUAUAUUUUUCGCUGGCGUUGGCGGUUUCCCUGGUUUCGGAUCUGGCAUAAACGAACCAACUGGAUAUGAGGACAAAGUCAAAGCCCUGUCUGGUAUAACUAUUGCUGGUUGUAUAUUGACGCUAGGUGUUGGCAUAUUUGGUGCAUGUACUGUUUCCACUUAUGGACGCUAUUUUGGUGUUCAUGUUAAUGGUCAUCGAACUGUUGCAGCUGGGACAACAUUUGGAACUGAAGGAAUGGGCACGAACACGAAUUAUGCCACACAAACUGGGGCUUUAUAUAAUGGUGGGACGGGUACGAAUGCCAUUAUACAAAGUCAUACGGAAGAAAACAGACUACUUCAAGAGAACCUACGACUUCAACAAGAGCUAAACCAGCAAAGAAGAUCACAAAGAACUCAUAAUGGAUUGAACCCUUCGCCGUCGUCCAUCUAUCCAAUGGGUGGAGUAUAUCACCUAUCGGCUCAUUCGUUUCCCACGGAUCCUCCGCCGAGCUAUUAUUCAGUGAAUUAGGGCGCCGAUUUUUUCACCUAUAGUGGUAACAAAAUUAUUGACACCGUUUAUUGUUUACUAAUGCACUGUAUGAAACACAGUGAGUAUGUUUGAGUCUGCUCCAGCAUAACGACGCAUGACUUCUUGUUUGAGACGCUAUGAACAUCCCGAUGUUUGAACACUUUUUGAGAAAUCACUAUUUUAUUGUACGAUCCAUGAGGCCUGUUUAUUAAAGGAUCUUAGUCGAUCAUACGGGUUAUAUUAUCUUAGCUUCAUAGUUUGCCACUUCUGUUAUUGGCCCUUUAAGAUCCUUUAAUGACACGGGUAAAAGAGAUAGUUUUAGAAUUAUGUUGUUUUAUGUUUCUAUUUAUUUGUGAGAAUUAAGUUUUAACCAUUAAAAAAUCGCGGA